AAUCUCGUGAGACCUCCCGGAAAAAGCACAAUAGCAACAAAUGUGGAAAUUCUCAGUUUCUUGCCGCCAGAGAAGUUUCGACCAAAUACAAGAAAUUGGAAGCAACAGGAAUUGUUAUGGCUUCUUGUGGUCACGACGUUGUUCACACUGCUGUCGAAAUGCGCGAGGGAGAAACAUUUAGAGAUACUUUGGCAGCGCAUAUUAAAUGCAGGGAUUUUAAUGCAAAGUUCUUGAUCAACGACGUCAUUUGUCAAUAUUGGGAUUUUGCGAGAAAUAUAGGAUUCCUUUUGCCAAAAUACAAGUAUCUGACGGAAAAUAUGAGUCCGUUUUUGUCGUAUGUGCAUGGUCAAGCGCACGGCUGGUAUUGUCAAGUUAUAUAUUUUGGCCACUGGAAGGAAGGCGCAUGUAUGUUGUUAGGGGAAGAAACAGAACGCUUUUUUUCGAUUUAUGGACCAUUCCAAAAUUCAACCAAAUGCAUUAGCGAAGGAAACUGGAUUGACUUUUUCACUUGUGCAGGCUUCUAUAUAAAUGAAAGAAAAGAGUGGAACAUACCACGAAUAAUAACAAUUAGAAUGUUCAAGGCUGUUGCUGGACUGAAAUUCUACACAGCUCGUUUCCAAAUGUUGUUGGAUGCAAACCAGUUGACCGAGGAAGAUUUGCCAUCCAUUCAAGAGGAACUGAUAAAAGAAGCUUUCGAAUACAAGAGUGGAUCAAAGCGGAAGACUACAACCGAUAUUUCCACACUACAAGAUGAGUUAGAAUGGUUACAUUACGAGUGGAUAAAUGUAAAAAACAGAGUGUCUGCCGUAGCAGAGGGGUGUAAAUGGAGAACGAAGUUGAGGAGGAAGCAAGGGACCUUAUACGCUUCAGCAGGGGAAAAAAUAUUGGAAAUCAACAAGCUGAUCACAAAAACUCGCCCCAAAACCACCGAAUUUGUGAAUCAAGAUCUUGAAGAAACUCCUCUUGAACUCGUUACCAUAGAACAUUUUGAAGAAGGUCAAGAUCUUGAAGAAACUCCUCUUGAACUCAUUACCAUAGAACAUUUUGAAGAAGGGAUUUUCCCUUGGGAACCAGCUAGCCUAAGGCCGUAUAAGGAAAAAUUUAAACUCGUCGACUGUUGGCAUAAGCGGAAUAGAAACAAGGAACAAAUUGAGCUUUCGUUCCUGGAAAUGUCACAAUUCAUCACUUCUGUUGGUUGUAGCAUCAACUCAUUAACCACUGAAAUAAAUGAGCUAAAACACAAACUUUCCACUGAUGAGAUCCUGCUUGCUCACAUAUUUCUAAAGGCUCAGGAAAUCAGGCGAUUAGAAGACCUCCGAGAAGUUGCAUUAAGUUACGCAAAAUUUUACAGGAAAGAUGUAGUAGCGGAAGAAGUUCCACAAUUUCUAGACGAUGAAGAGGAUGAUGAUGAAAUACAAGAGGAUGAUGAUGAAAUGGAAGAGGAGGAGGAUGAAAUGGAAGAGGAGGAGGAUGAAAUGCAAGAGGAUGAAGCUGAAGGAUUAAUUACUCAAUAAUAUUGUCAACCUAAGAAUGUGUGCAUUUGCGUUUUUUUUAAUAAACA